AUGUUUGAAAAACGUCUCUCGACUCUUCGCCGCGAGGGCCAAGAGUUGCCAGGCCUAGCAUCAGCUGCUCGAAACAUAAAUGCUGCAUUCGGGAAUGAUACAGUUAACGAACGUACAGUGCGUCGAUGGUUCGAAAAAUUCCAAGCCGGAGAUGAAAGCCUCGUUAUUGAAGCACGCGGAAGACCAGAGCCGUCCGUUAACGACGAUCAGUUGCAGAUUUCUAUCGAAGCAAGUACGCGACAAACAGUUAGAGAUUUGGCACAAGAAUUCAGUGUAAGUCCCAUGACAAUUUCACGUCACUUGAAAUUGAUUGGGAAAGUGAAAAAGCUGGACAAGUGGGUACCACAUGGACUUAACGAACGGCAGAAGCUCCAACGUCAAGACAUAUGCAAUUCACUGCUAAUCCGAAAUGAUAGGGACCCGUUUUUGGAUCGCAUUGUCACUUGUGAUGAAAAGUGGAUACUGUAUGACAAUAGACGACGUUCUGCCCAAUGGUUGGAUGCAGAUGAAUCCCCACGACAUGUGCCAAAGCCAGUCUUGCAUCCAAGGAAGACAAUGAUCACAGUAUGGUGGUCAGUGGCUGGUGUAAUUCACUAUAAUUUCUUAAGGACGGGUGAAACAAUUAAUGCGGAGAAAUAUUGUGCCGAAAUUGAAGCAAUGCACCAGAAAUUGCGGGUGAAACAACCGGCAUUGGCCAACCGAAAGGGCCCAACUGUGCUUCAUGAUAAUGCUCUCGACUGCAUGUUUCACAAAUAA